CUCUCCGUCUCUCCGUCUCUCCAGUCUCUCCAGUCUCUCUUAUCUUGUCCUGGAUCCCUACUGUCCUCGUGCGGGGUGCACAUCUCUCAUCAUCUCUCUCACUUCCAUCUCACCCCUCUGUCUAAGCGCCGCACUAUAUCACACCUCCACCUGCGCACACACAAAUUUUGAAUAUAUUCUUGAAACCCCUCUGAUCCUCUAUACACACAUCACCACCGUCAUGCUUGUCGUCCCAAUGCCCCCGCAAGCGUCGCAUUUGCAUCCUCCCUCCAACUCCCCCUCUUCCUACCCUCCACCGUCAUCCUCUGCGCCAACAACAUCCACUCCCGGCGAGGCGCGCCCCAAGCUCGCCACCAAACCCAAGCUCACUCUCCAAACCUCAUCGCUUCCUCGCACAUUUGGUCGUUCUACCACUGGCCUGUCUCUCUCGGUGGCAACAGCCUCUCCGACCGUAAACAACACCUUCAAAAAUGCCUAUGAGCCAUGUCCGCCCUCCGCCAUCCCCGCCACAUCCUCUUCGACGCCGUCUCCGAUCAAGACCUCUACUCCUCUGAAGCACUCGAGACAACCCUCGUCCAACAACCCCUACCAACUACCGCUGGGCGUGAAGAGCAUCCUGCGCAACUCUCCAUUGGAUUCCACAUCCCACCGCCGGUCGGUCUCGAUCGGUGGUGGCAAUGGCGCAUCGGGAUCUCGUCGGGUAUUCUUCCCUACCAAGAAACAAGUGACCUUUCGGCAAUCACUGGAAGAGGAGAUCCGGACCGUGCAUUACGUGGCACGGCAUUCGGAUCUCCUCGCGGAAGAGUCGGAUCCAAACAACCAGAACAAGGAGCAGCAGGAGCUGAAGCUGAAGCAAGAACAGCCGGUACAGGAGGGAUCGGACUCGGACUCCGAUUCGAACUCGAGUCUGGCACCGUCGGAUUCCGGCUCGGAUGAUGACCAGACAAAAUCAAUUUCCAAAUCUGAACGGAGGAAGCGGAAGAGUCUCAGUGCAGAGAGGCAGGUUCGCGCUGCGGCAUUACUGGAUGGCCUCGAGGGUGAUGCGUAUGGGAUCUCGACGCCACAAACACCCCGCCAGGGUCGUGUCAAGCGUCGUCGCGAAUGGACAUGGACGCUAGGCUCAGUCGAGGCGCGCAAUGAAAUCUACGGCCUUCCCCAGACGCCUGAAGAGGCCAAAUCUUUCGAGUCGGAAGAAAAGAAACACGAACAUGAAAACGAAACAGAAAGCCAGGGGUCAUGUGAAUCCGACUGGACUUCAGCCUCGUGGUCCGGUUCAUCGGUUGCUUCGUUUACGAACAAGCCUGACGAGUUCAAGACUGCAUGACACAUGACAUACAAUGACUUGACCAUGACUAUGACCAUGACCACGAUAUAUUAUUUUUUUGUUUAUUUCUUUUUGAGAGGAUUAUGAAUCAUGUUGCUGCAUUGCAUUGCAUUAGUUAUAUACCCAUCAGCAUUAUUUUUUCGAGAAUGCAUCAUAUCUUCUCAACAUAUACAUCAUGACCGCAAG